AUGCAAGAGACUGACGAUGAAACUUUACCAUUGACAGAUUCCGACCAUUCUUCUUAUACAAUAUCAGAGGCAUCAGCUCCUCAGCAGUUUAGCGAGCCAGAGCUGAAUGACCUUGUGCGUGAUUUGGGACUCUCCAGAAAUUCAGCAGAAGUGCUAGCUUCUAGGUUGCAAGAAAAGGCUCUUUUGGACAAAAUGACAAAAGCUUCAUAUUUCCGAAAUAGAGACAGGAGCAGCCUGAAGUGUAUUCUACUACAUAAUGGCAAUCUCUAUGCAGCUUUUCCAGUAGGCUAUUCUGUGUGUUUACGAGAGGAAUAUGAUGACGUUAAAACUGCGAUUGGCCUACUGAAACACCACGAGGACAACUGGACAAUCUGCGUGGACCCGAAAAUGAUGAACGUCCUCCUUAGUCAACAAAGAAUUUACAAAAUCUCCAUCUUCAGCGGCUUGCUACUAUUCACGUGUGUCUACUUGGCAGGUACCUGGGUGACCUUCAGCCCCCUGGUGUCCGAGGAGACAGCGGAGGAGAUCGUGACCGUGGCGUACGAGGCGGGCAUCAACCUUUUCGAUUUGAGUGAGGCUUACAGCGGCGGUCGGGCCGAGAUCCAGCUGGGUAACAUCUUGAAAAAGAAAGGCUGGCGGAGGUCCUCAUACCAUGUAAUCACCAAGGUGUACUGGAACUCAAAGGGUGACGAGCGAGGAUUAUCCCGGAAGCACAUCAUAGAGUCAGUCAAAUCUUCGUUAGAACGUCUUCAGCUGGACUACAUCGAUGUUAUCAUCAUCCAUCGAGCUGACGACAUGUGUCCUAUGGAAGAGGUGGUGCGCGCGGCGUCGCACUGCAUAGACCAGGGUUGGUGCAUGUACUGGGGCACCUCCCGCUGGUCGGCCGUCGAGAUCAUGGAGGCGUGGACCAACUGCCGCCAGUUCAACUGCAUCACGCCCAUCGUGGAGCAGAGCGAAUAUCACCUCUUCUGCAGGAGCAAGACAGAGCUCUAUCUGCCUGAGAUCUACAACAAGAUCGGAGUUGGCACCAUGGCGUGGUCACCGCUCGCCAUCGGCCUCAUCUCCAGCAAGAUGGACGAUGGCAUGCCAGUUUUCACUCGGCAGUCUUUCAAGGUAACGUGA